AUGUUUUCAUUAAGCAUCGCCGGGAUGCAUGGACCAGUUGUCGUUUCAGUAAAUAUGCUUAUCAGAAGUAUUUCAAAAAUGGAUGAUGUAAAUAUGGAGUAUAGCAUUCAACUAACGUUUCGUGAAAGUUGGGUUGACGGUCGUUUAGCCUACGGUUUACCCGGUGAUACAAAACCAGAAUUUUUAAUUCUGGCUGUCGGUCAAAAAAUAUGGAUGCCGGAUUCAUUUUUUCAAAACGAAAAGCAAGCACAUCGGCAUAUGAUCGAUAAACCGAAUGUGCUGGUUCGUAUUCACAAAGAUGGAACUAUAUUAUAUAGUGUUCGUAUAUCAUUGGUUUUAUCCUGUCCAAUGCAUCUUCAGAUUUACUGCUUCCGCCAGAUCUUUGGUUUUACACCAAAUUAUUCAACCAUUACACUGUGUUGA